AUGGCUGCGGAACGCGAGCUGACUGCACUCCCCCAGUGCGAGUCAUCCAAGGCCAUUGAUAUCUUGGGUGUCACUCAAGUCGACUCUCCUACUACUAGGUCGAAAGUGUCCGAGAAAAGACAGCGUCUCUCGGAUCUGUUCACUAUUUUUGCUAGUGGUUUUGCUUUGAUCAGUGAUGGGUAUCAAAACAAUCUGAUGACUAUGACCAAUGUUAUUCUCAAGAAGGAGUACCCCCAAGAGUACACCAGCACUGUGAGCACGCGUGUGUCUAAUGCCUUGCUUGUGGGCGAGGUGAUCGGACAAGUCAUUGUUGGACUCACAUGCGACUAUUUUGGCCGUAAAACAGCCAUCGUCUUCACCACCUUGAUGAUCGUCAUCGGCGGCAUCCUCGCUACAGCUUCCCACGGCGCCACAAUCGAUGGCAUGUUUUGGAUGAUGACCGUCGCGCGUGGCAUUGUCGGAUUCGGUGCCGGCGGCGAGUACCCGGCCUCUUCGACAUCUGCUUCGGAAGCAGCGAACGAUCUCAUCCCCAAGCACCGCGGCCCAGCAUUCAUCAUGGUGACAAACUUUCCUCUCUCAUUCGGUGGCCCGUUCGCAGUGUCAAUCUUCCUCAUCGUGCUGAUGGCCUGUCAUCAAUCCCACUACAGUACUGUGUGGCGAGUCUGCUUUGGAAUAGGAUGCAUCUGGCCGCUGAUGAUAUUCUACUUCCGCAUCCGCAUGCUUAACUCGGUCCUUUACCGACGUGGGGCUAUCAAACGACAUGUGCCUUACAUGCUUGUGCUACGGUACUAUUGGAGAUCACUGAUAGGGACAUGCGGGGCUUGGUUCUUAUAUGACUUUGUGACUUUCCCUAACGGGGUUUUUUCAGGAACCAUCAUCUCCUCCGUCGUGCACAAUGGCUCGAUUCGCCAAACAGGCGAGUGGCAACUCCUCCUCGGCGCAAUUGCACUGCCAGGUGUUGUUCUCGGCGCGAUUCUUUGCGAUCGGCUCGGCCGCAAGCCUAUCAUGAUGAUUGGAUUCAGUGGAUAUCUCAUCUUCGGACUGAUUAUCGGCUGUGCAUAUAACCAGAUCACGAAGAUUAUUCCGCUUUUCAUUGUCUUUUAUGGACUCAUGCAGAGCUCUGGUAACUUUGGACCUGGAAAUAUGCUCGGGCUGAUCUCUUCUGAGUCGUAUGCUACUGGUGUGCGCGGAACAUGCUAUGGAUUUUCGGCGGCGAUUGGGAAGGUCGGGGCUGCGAUUGGGACCCAGGCGUUCGAACCUAUCAGGAAUAACUUGGGGAACAGGUGGACUUUCAUCAUUGCCGCUGUUUGUGGUGUGAUUGGUAUUAUUGUCACCUGGGUCUUUGUGCCGGAUUUGUCUGGCGAGGAUUUGAGACACCGAGAUGAGAAUUUCCGUGCUUACCUUGUUUCUCAGGGCUGGGAUGGCACUAUGGGCGAAGAUGAUCUGCAGGCGUUUGCUGGUCAGGAGGAUCCAUAUGGUAUCGAGAGGGCCAAGAUUUAG